ACCAGGAUCGUCGUCGUGCCUGCUGCAUCCUGUGCGUUAACGAAAGGGCUAGCUAGCUGUCACCGGUGUUCCAGCCUUCGAGAAACCCGAAAGCAAGGUCGCAAGGAAGGCUGAGGUAAACCCUAGCAGUGGUUGUGUGUGUGCGUGUGGAGCACUGCAAAGCAGCCAGCCGCUGGUCACACACACGGAAAACAACAGCGGCAACCAUGCUCGGACGGCGAGUGUUUGUGUGCGUGCUGUCCUUGACGACAUCGGUCAUGGUGGCGGGGUACGACGACAGACCAAUGAAUGAGGACGAAUACUUCGGGGCCCGCAUGCAAGAACAUCACCAGGGGGCGGGAUUAUACCAAGAACCGCAGGGGAGCAACAAGCUGGUCCUCCUCGCCGGAGCGAUCGCGGGAGCCUCGAUCGAGUGGUGGUGGAGCGCGCGAUCAGCCAAGAAGGGAAACAAGCUGCUCGAACAGGAGUCGGCGGCCUUCGUGGCGGAGUGGAACAAGGAGCGAGAUGCCUUGAUGGCUAGGCGGACGUACCCCAUCAAGCUUUUGGCCCACGAAGUCGAGGAGGCGGACGUGCAGCUGAUGCAACUGGUGGCGGCUGCCGAGGACGCCGGCGUGGACCUGGGGGCCGGGGGCGGCGGGUUGGGAGGAGGGGCGACAAGGCCGAAGGCGCGCAGCAUCCAGCAGGACAACAUGGAGUACGAAGAGUUCAAGCAGCCGGACACGGACGGAGACAACGUCAUCAGCAAGACGGAGUUUUACCAGUACAUCCGGAAAUACCUGUCCCUUUACCCGGACACGGCGGAAAUGGAUAUCCCCCUCUUCGAGGACUUCGACCUCAACAGUGACGGCGUUGUGUCCUUCGACGAGUGGCAGAUGUACCUGGACCGACACCAGCAACAGGAUCCUUACGCCGAGAACGACCUGAUGCGCGGCAUGUACGACUCUUCCGCUGGCUCGCAGAAUUUCAACACUUUGGCUCAGAAUCUGCGCACGCAAGGACGGGCGGGCGGUGGACGUUACUGAACGGAACGCGGGAAAACCACGAGUGCAUGUUCCAGAUAAACGUCAAGCUUUCACGGUUUUAUUUUGGGUUUCCGUUCGAGACCGUUGGCGUUAUAGGGGGUGCGAGUGCCGUAGUGCUCUGCGUGGAGAGGGAAGGAGGGGGAAGGAGGGUCAAAUGCGGUUUGGUUCAAUAAGUCGCAACCUCAGCGAACCACUACAGAAUUUUGUAGUCAGAAACGUACGUUGUUGUUCUGUUGGUGUCUGAGGAACGCGCACGAUGUGAUCCUAUUACUGGGCUCAUGGCACCAAGAGUAGGGUGUGGCGGGAGGGUUCGACCGGGAAGAAGGGGGGGCGGGGGCAUGGAUUGGUGCGGAGGGGCUGGCCGAAGCCUUGUCGAUUUUUUGUAUGCUCUGCCAUGUCAGUUUUUCGGAUCUCCCACGGGUUUUAGAAGACUUGGUGUAACAAAAAAAUGACAAAAAAAUUACCUCAUCUUCAGGGAUGAGCGCCGCGCUUUCCUCGCAUUGGUACCAUGCAGUCCAGCGUAUGGCCGAUUGAACGCCUCUUGAGCGAUGAGCGCCACGCUUUCCUCGAAGUGGUACCGUGCAGUUCAGCGUAUGGCCUGAUUGUGUACCUCUUCUUACAGCGAUGAGUGAGUGCCACGCUGUCCUCGCAUUGCGACUAUGCAUUUCAGCGUAUGGCCUGAUUGGGUACCUCUGAUGUGCCACACUUUCGUCGCAUUGGUACGUACCACCCAUCAGCGUAGCUUCCGUAUCCCUCUCGCCGCGAAAGUAGGUUGAGUUAGCUCAAAAUGUGCUGCCACGUGGAUGGAUGCUGUGGCGGAGUAUC